AUGAGUAACGCUGGAGGCCUUCAGGACGAUGUCCUGGCCAAGGCCCACGUUCCCCAGGCCACUGUGCAGGGCACCUCGAAGGAGACUCGCGGCUCAUUCGACGUGACCGCCGCCGCCGCCCCUCCUCUCGAAGACAACUACUACGACUCCAAGUCCGACGAUGACUACGAGGAUAAGCCCACCGAGGAGGAGUUGAACACGCUUCGCCGUGUCUCGGGUCCCAUUCACUGGGGUAUCUACACCAUCGCCUUCGCCGAGCUCUGCGAGCGUUUCUCGUACUACGGUUCCUCCGUCUUGUACACCAACUUCGUCAUGCGCCCCCUUCCUCCGGGUUCGACGACCGGCGCCACCUACGGCGCUGAUAUCCCCGCCGGUGCCUUGGGCAUGGGUCAGAGAGCCUCUCAGGGUGUCUCUCUGGUGAACCAGUUCUGGGCUUACCUCGUUCCCCUUUUCGGUGGUUGGUUGGCUGAUUCCAAGUUGGGCCGUUACAAGGUCAUUCACAUCGCCAUCGCCGUCUCCACCGUCGCUCACAUUAUCCUGACUGUCGCCGCCGCUCCCUCCGUCAUCUCCAAGGGCAAGGUCGCCUUUGCCCCCUUCUUCCUCGGUCUCUUCACACUUUGCUGCGGUACUGGUCUGUUCAAGGCCAACAUCUCUCCCCUGCUCGCCGAGCAGAACAAGGACACCCGUAUGCGCGUUGAGACACGCGGCGGCGAGCGUGUCAUUGUCGACCCUUCCGUCACCAACACCCGUAUCUUCCUGUGGUUCUACUUCGCCAUCAACUGCGGUGCCGUCAGUGGCCAGAUCUCCAUGGUCUUCGUUGAGAAAUACCACAGCUUCUGGCUGGCCUUCCUCCUCCCUACCAUCCUCUUCCUGAUCUGCCCUGUUGUCCUCUGGUCCAACAAGAAGAAGUACCACCUCACUCCCCCUACCGGUUCCGUUCUCGAGAAGUUCUUCCGCAUGUCCAAGUUUGCUGCGAAGCGCUCUGGAGGCAUCACCAAGCUGAACUGGGAGAAUGCGAAGCCCAGCAACGUCCCCGUUGCUGAGCGCCCUGGCUGGUUGACCUACGAUGACGCCUGGGUUGAUGAAGUCCGCCGUGGUCUCAAGGCCUGCAAGGUCUUCCUCUUCCUGCCCAUCUUCUUCCUCGCCUACAACCAAAUGACCAACAACUUGACCUCCCAGGCCGGUUCCAUGGUCCUGAACGGUGCUCCCAACGACGUCAUUCAGAACCUGAAUCCCCUCUCUAUCAUUAUCAUGAUUCCCAUUCUGGAUCACGUUGUCUACCCUGGUUUCCGCAAGAUGGGUUUCAACUUCACUCCCAUCAAGCGUAUGACCACCGGUUUCUUCUUCGCUGCCGCCGCCAUGGUUGCCGCUACCGUCAUGCAGCACUACAUCUACCAGAUGUCCCCUUGCGGUGACCUGGCCACCAUCUGCGAGGAGGGCCCGGCUCCCAUCAACGUCUGGGCUCAGUGUCUCCCUUACGUCUUUGUCGGUCUCGCUGAGAUCUUUACCAACGUCACCUCCUACGAGUAUGCCUUCUCCAAGGCCCCCGAGAACAUGAAGUCUCUCGUCAUGUCCGUCAACUUGGCCAUGAGUGCUGUCUCUGCCGCCAUUGGCCAGGCCUGGACUCCCCUGUCCGAGGAUCCCCUCCUCGUCUGGAACUACGCCUCCGUCGCCAUCAUCGCCUUCCUCGGCGGUGUCGCUUUCUGGUUCUGCUUCAAGCACCUUGACGGUGAGGAGGACGAGCUCAACCAGCUCAAGAAGACCAAGUUCCUUGGCUCCAACCAGCCUACUGCCGCGGCUCAGGACGACCAGGUCGCUCAGGCCCAAGUUUCUGAGAAGGUUUGA